GAAAGCCUCUCUGCACCAAACACAUCCCUCUCACUAUGAAAGCUUGACCCUUUUGGUAAUAACAGCUACAAAACCAAGAUUUGCUUAUAUUAUAUAUAACCUUUGUAAGCACUUCUUCCACAUAAGCUUCUCUCUUUCUCCUUGUUCUUGUUUUCUUCCUUUCUUUCUCAGUCAAGGAGAUUCAUUUCUGCAGGUUGUUUAGAAAGGGAAAAUGGUGAAGAUUUGCUGCAUUGGUGCUGGAUAUGUGGGGGGUCCUACAAUGGCAGUCAUUGCACUGAAGUGCCCCUCCAUUGAAGUGGCUGUUGUUGACAUCUCCAAAUCCCGCAUUGCAGCAUGGAACAGUGACCAGCUUCCAAUCUAUGAGCCAGGCCUUGAUGGUGUGGUGAAGCAAUGCCGUGGCAAGAACCUCUUCUUCAGCACAGAUGUUGAGAAACAUGUCUAUGAGGCUGACAUUGUGUUUGUCUCUGUCAACACGCCGACCAAAACCCGCGGACUUGGAGCCGGCAAGGCUGCAGAUCUGACAUACUGGGAGAGUGCAGCUCGCAUGAUUGCUGACGUCUCCAAGAGUGACAAGAUUGUGGUGGAGAAAUCCACUGUCCCUGUGAAAACUGCUGAGGCCAUAGAGAAAAUUUUGACUCACAAUGGCAAGGGCAUCAAGUUCCAAAUCCUGUCAAACCCUGAGUUCCUUGCUGAGGGAACUGCAAUCCAAGACCUUUUCAAUCCAGAUAGGGUCCUCAUUGGAGGAAGGGAAACCCCAGAAGGCCAAAAAGCCAUUCAAACAUUGAAAAAUGUUUAUGCUCAUUGGGUUCCUGAGGGGAGAAUCUUAACCACAAAUCUGUGGUCUGCUGAACUGUCAAAGCUUGCUGCUAAUGCCUUCUUGGCGCAGAGAAUUUCAUCUGUGAAUGCUAUGUCAGCACUUUGUGAGGCCACUGGGGCAAAUGUCACACAAGUGUCCUAUGCUGUUGGAACUGACACAAGGAUUGGACCAAAGUUUUUGAAUGCUAGUGUUGGCUUUGGUGGCUCAUGCUUCCAGAAGGACAUCCUGAACCUUGUCUACAUUUGUGAGUGCAAUGGUUUGCCAGAGGUGGCUGAGUACUGGAAACAAGUGAUCAAGAUCAAUGACUACCAGAAGAGCCGGUUCGUGAACCGUGUGGUUUCGUCAAUGUUCAACACGGUUGCUACCAAGAAGAUUGCAAUUCUGGGGUUUGCAUUCAAGAAGGACACUGGGGACACAAGGGAGACACCAGCAAUUGAUGUGUGCAAGGGACUACUUGGUGACAAGGCACGUCUAAGCAUCUAUGAUCCGCAGGUAACUGAGGACCAAAUUCAGAGGGAUCUUUGGAUGAACAAGUUUGAUUGGGACCACCCCAUUCACUUGCAGCCAACUAGUCCUACAACUGAGAAGAAAGUGAGUGUGGUUUGGGAUGCAUAUGAGGCCACAAAGGAUGCAGAUGGUGUUUGCAUUUUGACCGAGUGGGAUGAGUUUAAGACCCUUGAUUAUCAGAAGGUGUAUGACAACAUGAGAAAACCAGCAUUUGUGUUUGAUGGAAGGAACAUUGUGGAUGUUGAUAAGUUACGUGAGAUUGGCUUCAUUGUGUACUCAAUUGGGAAGCCACUUGAUCCAUGGCUUAAGGACAUGCCAGCCGUGGCAUAAAAGGGGUGCAAGGAUUGAGGCAUUCUGUUUGGUUCAAUUAUUUACUAUACUUUUUUGAACAAUUUUUUCUUUGCCAUUUUUCACUUUCCCAUAGUAGUUGGCAUAAAUGAGUAUAAGUUAUGGGAAAGUAGGAGGCUAUGUUUUGCUUUUCUUUGUACUGCAAUUCAUCACUGUUUGGCUGUUAUGAGUUUACAAGGAUUUUUUUUAUUUGAUUA